ACCCGGACAAAAUAUUCGCGACGGAACAAGUCCCGGAUGUGGUGCACACGUGAAACUCUUUGGUGCUCACGAUUUGGGACUAUGACAUGAUACAAACCCAUUUGGUCAGUUUGAAUUGAUUUUCGGCAACAGUGGUUUUGAGAAGAACAAGUUCAAAAAAGAUCCCAGAGGUGUGAAGAUGGAGGCAAAGGAGCAGAAACGGCAUCAGCAGAAGCAAAGUGGUCCUAAGGCUGAAAAGAAGAAGAAGAGGAAACAGCGGGGUCAGGGGGCAGAGCUGGAGCAGGAUGAGCGUAAAAGGAAUCCAAAAGCAUUUUCAGUGCAUUCGGCCGUGCGCAUGGCCCGGACCUUCCACAGGACACAAGACAUAAAGACUAAGAAGCAUCACAUACCUUUGGUAGACCGCACACCUUUGGAACCUCCACCUGUUGUGGUGGUUGUGAUGGGACCUCCGAAAGUGGGCAAGAGCACCCUCAUCCGUUGCCUAAUCAAAAAUUAUACACGGCAGAAGCUUUCAGACAUCUGUGGGCCUGUAACAAUAGUAUCAGGGAAGAAGAGGCGUCUGACCUUUAUUGAGUGUAACAACGAUAUCAAUACCAUGAUCGAUUUGGCAAAGGUUGCAGACCUGGUCUUGAUGCUGAUAGAUGCUAGCUUUGGCUUUGAAAUGGAAACCUUUGAGUUCCUUAACAUCUGUCAGGUCCAUGGUUUCCCACGUGUUAUGGGAGUGCUCACACAUUUGGACUCUUUUAAAAACAACAAGACACUCAAUAAGACCAAAAAGCGCCUCAAACAUCGCUUCUGGACUGAAGUAUAUCAGGGAGCCAAGCUGUUUUACCUGUCUGGGAUGGUGUAUGGAGAGUACCAGACACAGGAAGUGAGGAACCUUGGACGAUUUAUUUCCGUCAUGAAGUUUAGACAGCUGGUGUGGCAAACGUCUCACCCUUAUGUUGUGGCUGAUCGGAUGGAAGAUCUCACUGAUCCAGAAGCUAUUCGAGUAGAUUCUAAGUGUGACAGAACCGUCUCUCUGUAUGGCUACUUGCGUGGGUCGUUUCUGAAGAACAAAGGCCAGGUUCACAUUCCAGGAGUAGGAGACUUCUCUGUAUCAGACGUUAGCUUUCUUCCUGACCCAUGCCCACUGCCUGAGGUUCUGAAGAAGAGAGCUCUAAAUGAGAAGGAGAGACUGCUGUAUGCUCCCAUGGCAGGGGUUGGAGGUGUGGUGUACGAUAAAGACGCAGUGUACAUUGACAUGCCUGUUGGUCACAUCAAACAGGAUCAGGAGGAGGUACGUCCUGCUACGGAGCUGAUGCAGUCCCUCAUGGGCACACAAGCGACGCUGGAUGCCAAGAUUGCUGCCAGCAAAGUUUCACUGUUCACAGGAACUGCAGCCUUGACUCCAGAGGAAGUGCAGGAGAAAAGUGGGAAGGAAGGACCUGUGGAGAGUCGAGUGUUUGACCCAGAGACUCAGAGAGAGAGGAGAAAAGCUGUCUUUAGUGAGGAAGAAGAGAAAGACACCGGGGAAGGAAGUGACGACGAGGAGUCCGAUGAAUGUGAAAGUGAGGAAGAAAAAGUUGAGGAGGAAGAUGAUGAAGAUGAGGAAGCAGUAGAUGAUGAGGAGGAGGAGGACCAUAGCAAUGAUGGCAGCAAACAGGACACGAGUGAAGUUUCAAACCCUGGAAGAAAAACUAUGAAAGAGGAUGCUCCCCCGGUGAAGAGACAGAAGCUGGAGAAAAGUGGGAAAGACACUAGGCCUGUGGUUGAGAUGCCUGUAUUUGCAGAUAGUGAUGACGACCUAGAGAAUAGUGAAGAAUCAGAAGAGGAGGCUGAGGAGGAGUUGGAGGAGGAAAUGGAGGAGAAACAGAAACCUAAGAAAAAAAGCUCAGCACCCCCAGACUCUGGUCACUGCUCUGAGGAGGAGGGGGAUGAUGACGAUGAUGACGACGAUGAUGAUGAUGAUGAUGAUGAUGAUGAUGAUGAUGACGACGACGACAAUGAAAAGGAGGUGCACAGUGAUAGCGACACAAAAAUGGAAGAACAAUUAAAUGUUAAAUCAAGCUUAAGAAAAGCUGCAAAGCUAAAGACUGCUCCUGAUGAGGAGGAGGAUGAAGAUGAGGAGGAGGAUGAAGAAGAGGAGGAGGAGGAUGAAGACGAAGAAGAUGAGGAGGAGAUGGAAGCAGAAUUUGAAGGGGAGCUGGGAUCUGAAACUGCUGGAGCACUACGCUGGAAAGAUGAUUUGGCCCGGAAAGCCAGUGAAGCAUAUCAGAGACGGCAGCAUGCUGCAGCUAACCUACGCAAGCUGGUGUAUGGUACAGUCAUGGGACACGAUGAGGAAGAAGUAAACAGUGAGGAGGAGGAGUUGGGUGGGCUGUUCCGUGUUAGUCGACCAGAGAAGAGUAAGAAAGUAAGAGCAGAUGCCGUGGACUGCUCACGUUUCCAGCCUGAUGCAAGUCAUGACUGGGACCAGGAGGAGAUGCUGGCCUCCAUUAGGGACUGCUUUGUAACUGGAAAAUGGGAAGGAGACAAAGAUGCUGCCACUCUGCUUAAAGAGGAUGAUGAAAUGUAUGGAGAUUUUGAGGACCUGGAAACUGGAGAGGUUCACAAAACAAACUCUGGCAAAAUGGAUGCAGCUGAGGGAGAUGAUGAGCAGGAGGAGGAAGAGGAGGAGGAGGCACCCAAGGUAAAGGUUGAUGAUGAAACUCAGAAAAACAAGCGUCUGGAAAAGAAGAGGAGAUUGAAGGAGCGGUUCAAUGCAGAAUACGAUGAUGGAGAUGCUACCUACUUUGAUGACCUUAAAGAGGAGAUGCAGAAGCAGGCUGAGCUUAACAGAGCUGAGUUCGAGGACAUGGAUGAUGAGACUCGUGUUCAGUAUGAGGGCUUUAGACCUGGCAUGUAUGUGCGUCUGGAAAUCCCUGCGCUUCCUUGCGAGUUUGUUACCAACUUUGACCCACAUUAUCCAGUCAUCCUUGGUGGCUUGGGAGCCAGUGAAGGCAAUAUAGGAUAUCUGCAGAUGCGUCUAAAGAAACACCGCUGGCAUAGUCGUAUCCUGAAGACCCGUGACCCUCUCAUUCUGUCGUUAGGCUGGAGACGUUUCCAGACUAUUCCUCUCUACCACAUCGAAGACCACAAUGGCCGCCAUCGCCUGCUUAAAUACACUCCUGAACAUAUGCACUGUGGUGCCUCUGUCUGGGGACCCAUCACACCCCAGGGGACAGGCUUUCUUGCUGUUCAAAGUGUUGCAGGAACUCAAGCAAAUUUCCGCAUUGCAGCCACUGGAGUUGUUCUGGACUUGGACAAAUCUGUGACCAUAGUGAAGAAGCUGAAGCUGAUUGGAAACCCCUAUAAGAUUUUUAAGAACACCUGCUUUAUCCAGGGAAUGUUUAACACUGUUCUGGAGGUUGCGAAGUUUGAAGGAGCCUCUAUCCGCACAGUCAGCGGGAUCAAAGGUCAGAUUAAAAAGGCUUUGCGGACACCACCUGGAGCCUUCCGAGCCACAUUUGAGGACAGACUUCUGAUGAGUGAUAUUGUAUUCCUGCGAUCCUGGUAUCCUGUCUCGGUUCCUCAGCUAUACAACCCUGUAACUUCUCUGCUGAUGUCUGUUGGGAAGAAGGACACGUGGAUGGGUAUGAGGACACUUGGACAGCUUAAACAUGACUUGGGGAUAAGGAACCAACCCAACCAAGACUCUCUGUACAAGCCAAUUGUGAGGCAGAAGAGACACUUCAACCCCCUCCAUAUCCCCAAAGAUCUGCAGAAAGCUUUACCGUUCAAGAGCAAACCCAAGCACAAGGAGGCCAGGGGCAAAACCCCUAGAGAUAUGCAAAGACCCGUCGUGAUCAGGGAGCCUCAUGAGAGGAAGGUGGCAGCAUUGCUCGAUGCCCUGAGCACCAUCUAUUCUCACAAGAAGAAGUCAUCUCAAGCAGAACAACACAUGAAGCACAAAGAAUUCCUUAAGAACAAGGAGAAACAGGAAGCAGAGAAGCUGAAGCGGCAGAAAGAAGAGCGAAAAAAGGUGUACCGUGCUAUGGGACAGAAAGAGAAGAAAAAACUCAAGGCCAGCCUAAAGGGAGCUUCUAAGGAUGAUUGAGCAUACUGUAUUUAAUGCUGAUGGACUUCAGCUCACUGGUCACCCAUAGUUUGCCUAUGUGUCCCUCUACACCAGCUGAUGUGCAGCUCUAAUGUAGAGAUAUACAAAGUUAAUCGAGACACAGAGGAGGGCGUUGUUUGUGUUUAAACAUACAAGCAAGAAUCACGUGUAGUGGUGCUGUGAGCCAGCUCUUUGGGAUUCUCUAUUGUGAGAAGUAUAAUCACCAUUGACAUGUGACAGUAACACUUGUCUUGGAGAUGUGAAUGGCUAUAUAUAUAUUUCUUGGUUUUUCCUGAUUCCUGCAAGUCAUAUCAGUUUGAUACCAUGUAAAUGCUUUGUAAUGUUGGUUUUAAUAAAUGUAACUGUGUCUCCUGAACAGAAAA